AUGCCUAGGGAUAGGGAGAAUAGCGAUACAUCGGGCGCCCCCGGCCAAUCAAAACGGCCGACUUUGUAUCACCGCGACAGCAGCUCUUCUCAGGUCGGCGGCGAUCAGACAGGCAAUGGCAACACCCACCACCACCGCGCAAAGGGCCCCAAGCACGUAGUUGGCGGUUCUCGGCUGCACGGAAAAGCCCCCUCCUCCAAAGGCCUACACAAACACCAUGGCUCGACCUCCACGGUGAAGCUGAAUCGUACCAACACCGCCGCGAGCCGACAGGGAGAAUCACCUACAUCGCCUGAACGGCCGCCUUUCCUUGCGUCGAACCACCGCCGCUCAACGUCCCAGGACCUCGUGACUGUCUCUACCAACCUCAAGAAUACUUCUGCGACGGCGCUGAAGCGCAAUCGAUCCAAUGCCGACGUAGCCGGAACUGGAAAAGGCAAAGCAAAGUCUACAUCCAAUCUGCUCAAGCGGUCCACAUCCAACCCCGCCGUCCACAAGCUCAAGGGCGAACGACAUAGCAAGGUUCACUUUAACAUAGGAGACGACGGUCAGGACGACGACGAGGACGAUCAGGACGAGUGGGUGGACGCUAGCACAUCAGCCUCCCCUCUCCUGUCGCGGCGCGGGUCGACAAUCAACGGUGCCGAGACAGCAAACGAGAAUCACCUGCAUCCGUUGGCUUCCGCGCUACCGCCCCAGGGGCAGGUUGACAGCCCGCGAGUAACACAGGUUCAAUUUCCGUUUCCUUCACACCAGCAGCGUGUUCAGCCCAGUAAUAAUACUGUUGCCUCCGCCAACAAUAUCUCCCAGCAGCAACAGCAACCGCAGCAGCAGCAACAACAACAGCCACAACAACAACAAAUGCCACAGCUCUCGAAACCGCCUACCAACAAGAAUAGCAGCAGUCAGACUAGCAUCGCGCCAAGCAUUGCGCCAAGUAUCGCACAUAGCACCACUACCAGCCAGUCACAUAACCAGCUUCUUACAGAACGCAUUCUGAAACGAGUACCAUCGAUGAUUUCGGCGCCCAAGAUGUCCACAGAAAGCGUACAGGUCCAGCUAAACGCCUCACGGCCGACGUCUCCUGCUUCUUCGAUGCUUUCUUCCCAAAUACGUCCAGGAAGUAGCGAAAAGGAGGAGCUACUCACCUCGCGGUUUGUCGGAGGUGAUCAGCUUGGAUCUACUGGGAAUCCCAGCAACCCCGGUGAAUCCUUCCUUACCAGCAUCCGAACCACGACAGAGAAUGGCACCUCACGAUCGAUGGGAAGUCUCGAGCAUGCCGGCCACCAAGGUUCCAAACUCGGGGCGGACUCGGACGACGAAGGUACUGAGAUCAGGAGAACCACCAGAAAACGAAACGGCACCCAAACCAGCGUCUCCAGUGGCGUAUAUGGCGGUCUCAAAGAUCUGAACCGAACUCAACAGAAGCUCAAUCUUCAGCGAGCCAGCUCAACCCUGGACCAGCCACAGGUUCCACCGCACCACCCAACCCUUGGCCCACUGACUCCCGGCCUCCCGCUCAACGGAAACGGGUACGACAACCGCGACCCGCGCCUCACCAGAAUCCUCGAGCGCACCGGCAUGGAAUACCUUGUCGUCCGCCGCUACCAAAACCCCGUAGCCCGCUCAAUAGCACGCAUAGCUCAGUAUCAGGCUCUGCAGAACGGGUCUUUGAACAUGAACGGUGGCGGCCGCGCUUCCCGACCGGGAACUUCUCACUCCAAGCGCGGCUCCGAACUAAGCGGUGGCCGACCCAAUUUCCUCCGCGACGGCAGAGAGCCGCGAGACUCGUUCCUCGCUCAGGCCACUAUCAACGCCAACCAUCAGCACAGCAACUCCAUGUCUGCUAUCCCCUCCAAAGCCGUCUCUGCCGCAGCCCGGUUUUCAGGACUUGGUGGGAUCGGGACCAGGGCUAAUAGUACCAGCUCUAGUCUCGACGGCGAUGGAGAUGGCGGACAGCCGCAUGUGGGCAUGUUGAACGGUGCCAAUGGUGGUUCCAGUUCACGACUGAGCGGGUCGAGUCUGGUGGAUAGAAGCGAACAUGCGGAGACGCAGGCGAUUCUGAGGGCCUUGUGGGACAAGAGUCUGGAUCUGAGCGUUAGCCAGGAAUAGGAGACCUGCGGGCUUGGGACUGGAGCUGAGGGGCUUGAAGCUGAUAUCACGAGGAAUGGAGUGACGGUUGAUGUUGGUGAUGGGGUUGGUGUGACUGGGAAGAUUGCGAGGAGUUAUGAUGGGGCGGAUAAAGGUGCAAGCGAGGCUUCGGAUGCGAGGACGCUUGUAAGUGAGAGCUGU